GGCGGACGUAUGACGUCACCACCAAAGCUUGAAGGUGUUUAUUGUUCCUUCUUGUUGAGCGAGAGAAAGGGGGUGGCAAAAGCGGAGGUAAACGAAUAUCACGGGCAUUUCUCGGAGGGCUGCAAGUAGCACUGUUUAAUAGAAUUAAACAGAAUAAAGGCCAAGACGGUAGACACAGUGUUCAUUGGCCAUGGCGUACGCGUACCUCUUCAAAUACAUCAUAAUCGGAGACACGGGCGUGGGGAAAUCAUGUUUACUCCUACAGUUUACAGAUAAGCGGUUUCAGCCAGUGCACGAUCUCACUAUUGGUGUUGAAUUUGGUGCGCGGAUGAUCACUAUUGAUGGGAAACAGAUUAAGCUUCAGAUCUGGGACACAGCAGGUCAGGAGUCAUUUCGGUCCAUCACCAGAUCCUACUACAGAGGAGCUGCAGGGGCGCUGCUGGUGUAUGACAUCACAAGAAGGGACACCUUCAACCACUUGACCACUUGGUUAGAAGACGCUCGACAACAUUCCAACUCCAACAUGGUUAUCAUGCUCAUAGGGAACAAAAGUGAUUUGGAGUCUCGGAGAGAGGUGAAGAAGGAGGAGGGCGAGGCCUUUGCCAGAGAACACGGUCUCAUCUUCAUGGAGACCUCCGCCAAGACGGCGUCAAACGUAGAGGAGGCGUUCAUCAACACGGCCAAGGAGAUCUACGAGAAGAUUCAGGAAGGGGUCUUCGACAUAAACAACGAGGCGAACGGCAUUAAAAUUGGCCCUCAGCACGCUACCACCAACGCCACGCUGUCAGGCAGUCAGGGGGGACAGCAGGCUGGGGGGGGCUGCUGCUGAGUCCUUCUGUCUGCCUGUACUCCCCCCCCCCCCCCCCACCACCCCCGGCUGGG